AUGGACAAGGUCCAACACAGAGCCCGGCUUCUAGAAGAUCCCAGGAACAAGAGCUCCUCCAAAAAUGUGUUGUUCCAUUGGAAGAGGAAGCUGGUCGGACACGUGGCGGGCAUCCGCGCGCGGCGGACGCGGUGCGUGGUGUGCCUGCAGGUGCACCAGAUCACGGGCAUGUCCCCGGCGAUGGAGGGGCGGGGCGUGAUCGUGGGGUGGAGGACGAAGGGGUGCCGGGGGGAGCACACGCGGGCCGUACACGUGUCCCGGGGCGCCGCCGCGUUCGACGAGAUCUUUCUACACUAUUCUAGAAGCGACGAGCGCGCGAUCCUGCGGAGCUUCGCCGUGUGGGUGUCGCUCGUCGACUCCGCGGAUUGCGAUCUGGGGACGUUCCACCUCGUCCUCGGCGGGAUCGCGAGCGGGGGAACCCUAACCCUAAGCGUGUAUUGUCGGAUGAUCGAGGAAGAGAAUAGCGAGAGCAUAGACGCAGGGGAAAGAGAGCGUAACAAGACCGGUUGCUUCUCCUGCCUACCUGAUCUGAGCUGCCUCCGAACUCGGCCGGUGACCGGCUCGGCUCGGCAGGCCAGUUCGAUGCGGUCCGACCGGGGCUUCAUCACAAUCGAGAACUCGAACUCGAUCGUAGGCAACUCCGCACCGCCGACCGACGAUGGCGAAGACGACGGCGACUUCAUCACGAUCGAGAAAGGCACCGUGUCGUUGCGGCGGCCCCCCUCCGACAGCUUCGACGCCGAAAGCGUCGGCGCAGACGGCGACGAGAAGCCGUGCCUUCUGAUGGAGAUCGCCGAGGAAUUCGACGCGGAGAAGGUGGAGGACGAGUUCCUGCGGAUACUCGAAGAGAAGUGCUGGAGAGGGGGCGAUGACGUGGAUGACGACGUGGAGGUUAUGAGGAAGGGGGUGGAGGGGAGUUUGAGCUUGAGCUUGGACCUGAGUUUGGACUUGGACUUGAACUCGCUGAUUAAGGAGGCGGAGAUUGAGCUCGCCAAAGCGGCGCAGAUGUGGAGGGGUAGAGUGGGUGCGGCGCUUGUGGAGAAGGAAGAGUACGAGGACUUGAUGAAGAGAUUGGGUGCAAAUGAGGAGAUUUUUAAAAAUUAA